UUUCAAGAAAAGAAGAAGAAGAAGAAGAAGAGUGCCGGGAAUUGAAGGCGCAGAAGAAGAGAUUUCUCUCUGUCCAUGUGGGAAGACCAGAAUGGCUCCGCCGGGAGGGAAGAUCAACCGACCGAAAACAGAACUUGGUAAGAAUCUGUUUAAGCGGCGACGAGUUCUGGGCAAAGAAAAGAGGAAGAAACAUCAGAUAGUCGGCGCGGUGGUCGACCAGGGUCUCAUCACCGCCCAUCACCUGAAAAAGAGAAAGUCGAGUCCAAGAGCCAACAUCACCCUGUCUGGAAAGAAGAAACGAAAGCUGCUCAAACAGCUGCAGCACAUGCAGCAGGAGAAGGCCAGUAUGGAAGUUGAAGUGGUAGCAGCACAACCAAAGAAGAAACAAGACUCGUCAUCUGCUCCGACCAAGAAGAGGAAAAAAGCCGCCGUAUCGGAGGAGGACGUCCAGAUGGCAGACGCCGAAUGAAGGGAUGACAUUCUGUUUCAAGUGGACUCUGAAACACGAUCGAGUGGCGUCUACGAACAAACGGAAAGGUCGAUUGUAAUUUGCAUCCGGAGGAACGUUUUUCUGCUGUGGGCGAUCUGAGGAACGAUUAAAGAAACUCGUGUUGUGUUAACUAUUAAUUUAUCAAGUCAAAAUUCACGUAGAUCAAAACUUACUGAUUUUCAGUCAGUCAGUAAAUUUGACUUCCUAGGCAAAGUUUUGAGAUGUUAAGUAAGUCAGACUUUUGACUUUGUGUGAUUUGUGAUCACUCGUGACUUUUAUCUGGACUAUUCUUGGUCUCAUUUUGAUUUACGAGACCUUUUAAGUUUGACUUGACAUACAGCUGAUUUAGCCUUAUAACCGACCACAUGCCUUUGACUUCACCUUAAAGUAAAUAUUGAAUUUUUUACUUUUGUUAUUCUUCAUUUUUUGUCCUGUUAGUGGCAGACAGAAAAAGUCUUAGAAUGGAUUUAAAACUUGAUGGGAAAGUUACGAGUGUAACUGUGCCACAUUAGUCAACUCUGAUUUAUUGUUUCACUGGCCACAUUUGACUUCUGGCUGCUCUUUGUUUCGUCAGUAUCUUAAAAAGUCAGACAUUUUACAUAAAUAAAAAGUCUGCUGUCCCCCUGAGACAGGCUGCUCAGACAGGAGGCAGUGACGCCUUUGUUGGA